CCGGGAGCGGUCGGGAAAGGCGGGGCUUCACGCAAACAAAACUUUGAUUGGUCGUCUUUUGGCUACUCGACGUUGAAGGGAAAGCUUUAAAUAGAGGUGAAAUUUCUUUGUCACGCUUAUUGCGUUGUUGUGGUUUAUCACAAAAACACGUUCUUUUAUUUACUCUCAAACUCAUCAUGUCUGGCCGUGGCAAAGGAGGCAAAGUCAAGGGAAAGUCAAAGACCCGUUCCAGCAGGGCUGGACUUCAAUUCCCCGUCGGUCGUAUCCAUCGAAUGCUCCGCAAGGGCUCGUACGCUGAGCGUGUCGGUGCCGGUGCCCCCGUCUACUUGGCUGCCGUCAUGGAGUACUUGGCCGCUGAGGUUCUCGAGUUGGCCGGUAACGCUGCCCGUGACAACAAGAAGACCCGUAUCAUCCCUCGUCACUUGCAAUUGGCCAUCCGCAACGACGAAGAGUUGAACAAACUUCUCUCCGGUGUCACCAUCGCUCAGGGUGGUGUUUUGCCCAACAUCCAGGCCGUUCUCUUGCCCAAGAAGACCGACAAACCCGCCAAGGCUUAAAUUAUCUAUCUACUCCCGAACAAAGAAAAAACGGCUCUUCUCAGGGCCACCAUCUUUUUUUAAGAAAAGAGUUUACCUGUCCUAGAAUAUAAUUCAAAGCCCGACAUUUUUCAAAAUAUAACAAUUUCGGGUAAUACGCAAUAAAGCCAAUCAAGACACUGACACAGCAAAAUCUCCCAACAGAUUUUUGGGUCCAAAUCCCAUGAAAAUUGUGGGCUGACGAGGGAAUCGCAUGCGCAGUACUUGAGUCCGUCCUCUAUUUCCAGCAAAGGUCGAAAGGAUAAUUACGGUAUUUUGCUCGAGGAACAGAACAACAACAGCAGCUGGGCUGGAUCUCCUUUGUUAUCCUAGCCUCGUCACUGCCAACAGCAAAGAUCUAUACACACGAAUGGCGUUAUAAA